UGCAAUUUUUUUACAUUUAUCGAAUAAUUACUUUUGUCAGUUUUAUCGAUUCGUGUCGUUAUGGCAACCAUCUGACAACUGGAAAUGUCAAUUGACCGGUUUGGUGCGCGCGCGGGGAGAUCGUUCGAUUCGAUUUCAGACCCGAAACUCAUACAAAAUUAAUGGCGCUAUUCGUACAGACGCAUCGUUAACGUUAAUCCAGAAUUGUCCAAAUUUGUCGUGCAACCGACAACGUGUGCAUGCAUGUCCAUUCACUUUCGCAUUCGACCCGAAAUGGCAUCGAGGAAGAAAAAGACAUCCCUAUCGAACGAGGAACAAUUGUACGUGCUUGAAAUUUUCAUUAAUCGUUUAAAUCUACAUCCCGAGACGUAUCCCAUUGUUAAUAAUGAAGAGUGCCAUUUGAUAGUACGCAUAGGUUUCGUUGAUCUCAAACCUGUCGACAUUAUCGUCAGGGUUAAUGACAGGAGAACUACGAUUCAAGAAAAUCAAUUUUCUAAUGAGUAUCUUAGUCGCGAAGGCAAGACAUGUCUGCUUGUUCGGACUCCGAGCAAUUUAAUACAAUCCGUAAAAUCGACUCCUUUAAGUAUCGAAGUGUAUUGGAUUUCUCACGGUGACGAGGACCAUAAUCCACGAAAUCAAGCCGGAUAUAAUCUUCUCUGCGCAGCAACAGCAUUUUUGCCAGGAUGUUUCCGCGAUCGCAUAGCUGCGGCCAAGGACAAGAUAGACGGAUUAUCAAAGUCACACACAUUUACAAAGAUAUACUCUCUGACCGAUGAGCAUGGAAAUCCGUGCGGAUCUAUAUCAAUGUGCCUGAGACUGUCGUGUUUCGGAAACUCCAUUAUAAAUCAUCUUACGCUUCACGAGAAAUCGUUUGUAUUUCAAGGAUUUCCUCUCGGUUGGAAGUUUCCCUGUACGAAACUGUCCGGCAGAGAUGUAAACGACGAGAAGUACAAAACAAAAUGUGACGAUACAUCAUUAUUGUGCAAAAUUCUGGAUCCUACAUGUUGGAAGUUACAUGACCGUAACGAUUAUACAGAGGCAGAACCAGUGUUGACGAGACCGGAAUCACCACCUCGCGUAUCGAUGGACCAGCCAGGAUUCGAAAAAUUAACGAGUGCCGAGAAGCUGAAUGAUGACAAGUACCGUAAUUUGAUCUACAAGACCUAUCCUGACGAGCCGACUUGUUCGUGUCUACCAACGGAUCAAUCGACGCAUCCAAUGAUGUGUCGUUCCGGGUGUACUCGCUUUUGUUGCAUGGCUUUAAGAAAUCCCGAUGCUGUUAAACAUUUCCCAUCGCUUGCUACACUCGCUUCCAACAAUUCGAAAUCGGAUGUAAAAGAAAAUGUGACCUCUUAUGAUUCUACGAGGAUGAGAGGAGGUAAAGACAUAGAGGAUAAUAAUUAUUUAAACAGCGAAGCGUUAUGGAACGAGGAAUAUCGGACGUGGCACCAAAAUGAUAUUAAUUUAAAAAAUCGCAUGAUGGGUGGAAGUGAUUAUGGUGCAUCAGUCUACGCGUUAUCCGAACCGACGACCGUCAUAUAUGAGAAGAGUAAGGAAACACGAGCUCCGUUAUACAAAUCUCGACCAAGAACCGCGGAUGGAAUUAAAGAGGCAAACUGCAUUUGUCCGGGAAAAGCUUCGUCGCCUUGGAAAACUGAUGCGUCAAAGUAUACGAAAAAACCGUAUAUAGGCGCAGAUCGCAUGAUUCGCGCCUUCAAGGAGGCCCAAGAAUUCGUGGAUUCUCUCGGUCAAGUGCCAGGUCUAGUAGGUCUCGGUUUGAUGGAUCCAUCCGAGAGUCCUUAUUUCGGCCGAGACAGAGAGAUACAGAGAGAUUAUGGAGCCGUUCGAGAGACACCAAGUGAAAGAAAACGAGGAUAUCCCGUCUCGGCAUCGCCAGCUGAAUCAGCAUCGCUGAAUCAGUGUCCCGCACCUUGCAAUACGCAGAUUGGUAAAACCUAUCGUCAGCACAUCUCUACACCUCACAUCGCACCCUGCACCGUCUGCGUAACGACAGCGGUACCAGGACGCACCGGUGUCGUGCGCGAGGCGAUACCUACGUUACCGGAAGCGACGCUAUCCUCUAUCGUCGUCAAGCCGAGGAAGAAGGAGGACAAGAAAGAAGAGAGAUCGGAAAAGCAAAAGGAGUUGGAGAUUACGUCCUCCACGCCGCUGGACGUUGACGUUGGCCCUUGCGGUGAACCGAAGUGCAAAUCUCGCCGGAAGAAAGCUGCAGACCGGACGGUACCGCACGAUGAUAUCGUCGAAGAACCGCAAAUACAAUCGACAAGUACGAUCGUCGCGAAAGUUCCUGGCAAAUUCAUGGAAAAGGGCCGAUAUCCGAAGGGUAAGCCAGGUCCGAGUGGCGAUCGUGAUAGAGGCCCUAUGAAAAUCAGCAGGCGAGUGAUGCGAUACGUUUAUUCCAUUGGCGAUGUUUAUCCCGGGACUAAUUACGGCCACAAGAAUUGCAUCGAUCCACGAUUCAAGGUGCCGGCUAACAUGGGUUGGCUGUGGAACACAACCGCAACAGUGGGCAAGCUCAAGCCGCGAAUCGGUUGGAAACCGGGCGCGAUCGGACGGUACUUGAACGAGUUGCAAGAGGCAAAGGGUGCUUCUACGAUGGGUGCAGGUACCAGCAGGAUGGAGGAUCAUCGGGCAAGGUCGAUACCCUCGCGCAACAGUUUACGACGCGGCAAGGUAUACAAGAGCAUGAGCUAUGUGUCGCAUCAGGUGAAGGAGAGCGAAGAGGAUGCAGAACCGCCACCGACUCUCCACAUAAACCGUAAGGACGGCACGUACUACGUGACAAUGUAUCCGAUCAGGCAGGAGACCGCGGACGCGUCGCAUCAGCUGGAGGAGCCGAUGAAGCCGCUGCAGUUCAAGAUAGCGCGUAACAAGGAUGACGCUUCUGUAGCAUCGAGUUCCACGGCGUCGGACAUGGAAAUCGAAUUCUCCCCACCAGCAGCGGUUAACAGAUCAUUUCGCCGGAAGCCCGACGUGAUUCAUGUGGAUACGCAGGUCAGGCAGCAGGAGAUUCUCGACGCAUACGAGCUAACCACGGCAGACACGCCAAAGACGACGAAGAAAGAGAAGAAGGGUAAAAGAGAAAAGAGGGGAAAGAAGUAACGAAACAGCCCUUCCUGUGCUUGUCGCCCUCUGCUCCAUGUUCCUUAUCCCAGCACGAUCGUGAAAGGAAAGCUGCAACUUUAUCAAAGGCAAUUCCGGCCAGCGGUAUAUUAUGCGUCCUUACCGGAGAAGCAAGAUGUGGUGGACGUCGAGCGUUACCCUGCAACCCUGGGACUGUCCUUGGAACUCUGCGCUGGUAUCGUAGACAAGGACAAGCCU